GCAUAACCUUCUCCGAGGAGGCGAGUACGGGAAACGAAGCUCAUCUCCAAUAAUGGCGUCAGUCGUCACAGAAACCGCUCAAAAGAUCUUCACACCAGAGACUCUCCGCUCCGCAGCCAAGCAAUCCAAAGGAUGCCUCGUCGUCCCAGUCCGCCUCCGCCGCGCCAUCAAACGAUACAUCAAAGAGCAAGAUGAUCCGCACAUGAGGCGGGAGGUGAUGAGAUUAUCAGAGUCAUUCUGUGAAAUCAAGGAAGUCAAUCUGCAACUCGCGGCAACGACAUCGAGGGAGCUAGUGGAGGACCCUAUGAAAUCUAUGGAGGGAUCCAAACGCUGGAAAAUCAAAAGCGGUUAUGGUGACAUCGGGCUUGAGUACAAAGACCGCCAGACUGCUGCUUAUAUUGCCUCUCGCAUGCCCGCUAACUACUCUGCCUGCUACAGAGUCUUAAGUGAGGUUCGAAGAAGACUACCAGAUUUCUCUCCAACAAAAGUCUUGGAUUUUGGUGCUGGUACUGGUUCAGCUUUGUGGGCAACGAGAGAAGUGUGGCCACAGUCUUUGGAGAAGGUGAACUUAGUGGAGCCAUCCCAAUCGAUGCAGCGGGCAGGUCGGAGUCUUAUACAAGGUAUGAAAAAUCUGCCAAUAAUUCAUGGCUAUGGUAGUAUUGAAGCACUGACCAAAAAGAUCAAAAAGUCAGAGAGAAAGCAUGACCUUGUAAUUGCUUCUUAUGUGCUUGGAGAGUUACCAUCACUACAGGACAGAAUUACUAUUGUCCGCCAGCUUUGGGAUCUUACACAAGAUGUUUUGGUUUUAGUUGAACCAGGGACGCCACAUGGGUCUAAUAUCAUAUCUCAGAUGCGAUCUCAUAUAUUAUGGAUGGAGAAAAGGAAAUGCCGUAAAUCUAUGAAAGCAAACAGUAAAGCCGGUAAAGACUUGGUAGAUCUCAAAAGUGGCGCAUAUAUAGUUGCUCCUUGCCCCCAUGAUGGGCGUUGUCCGUUGGAGAAUUCUGGGAAAUAUUGUCACUUUGUUCAGCGUUUGCAGAGAACAUCAUCACAACGUGUAUACAAGCGUUCUAAAGGGGACCCUUUACGUGGAUUUGAAGAUGAAAAAUUCAGCUACAUUGCUUUCAGACGAGGACAACGGCCUCAGAAACCUUGGCCUCUUGAUGGAAUGACAUUUGAGACUUUAAAGGAGCAGCUUGCGAAAAGAAAACCGGAAGAUCUGGUGAUUGAUUAUGAGGACUUCAUUAAAAUGCAAACUGAAAUUGUUCCGUACAAAGAAUAUGAUCGAGCAGCCAAUGAUUCUGACGUUGAAAUUGAUGCUGAUGAUGACGAAGACGAAGAGGAAAACGAGGAAGAGGAAGAAGAACGAGCUCAUGCUGAUCUCGGGGGAGGUUGGGGACGUAUUAUUUUCAGCCCUGUUAGGAGGGGCAAACAGGUUCACAUGGAUGUCUGCAGAUCAGUUACGCGUGAUGGCUCUGAGGGAUCUUUUGAGCACGUAGUCAUGACAAAGAGUAAGAACCCUACGUUACACCAUCAGGCUCGAAGAUCUCUAUGGGGUGAUUUAUGGCCUUUUUGAAGUUCUUAAUCCCUGCAAAUAGUAGGAGCCUUAUUGGUCAUUGUAAAUGCUAAUGCCGCUUAAAUGUUGAUGGUAUUUAUUCUUUGAUGUUGGCAAUAUGUAUUUUGCUUGUUGUUACCCUUUUCUGAAUGACCUACUUUGAAUGGUCAUACAAGAAGCAUUCUUUGUACCAAUAUUGAAUGAGCAAUUGAAUUGAAAAAACAUUGAUACAGGGA